AAAUAAAUGCAGUGAAUGAGGCAGGACUGGGCCCACAGAUAGGGUGCUUUGCACAUGUAGUAAAUUUGGCAUCACAGAAGGGAAUCUCAGUCAAUAGGAUGGACCGCCUCCUUGGGAGGAUCAGGAAGGUGGUUUCCUACUUCCACAGAAGCACAACAGCUGCUCAUGUGCUUAAGACAAGGCAAGAAAUGCUAAAGCUGCCUACUCAUAAGCUCAUACAUGAUGUCCCAACAAGGUGGAACUCCACUUAUGAUAUGUUAGAGCGUUAUCUGGAGCAGCAGGCAGCUAUAUACUCUGCAUUGACCGACAAGACCCUAAAGAAAAAUGUCAAAGACAUCAUAACCCUUUCUGAUGAUGAUGUGAGAGUGGCAGAGGAGGUCCUCCAGGUGCUUAAACCCCUUAAAACUGUUACAUCUCUGCUGAGCACUGAAACGUUACCAUCUGUGUCAAUGAUCCUUCCGCUGAAAACAAGGAUUCUACAAUCCAUGGCUCCAAGUGUGGAAGACAGCACCAUCACUCAAGAUGUCAAGACUGCCAUUAGAGAGGACCUGAAGCCCAGAUACACUUCACCCCCUACUCUACAGGACUACCUCCACAGAUCUACUGCCCUGGAUCCAAGGUUUAAGUCCCUGUCUCACAUAGACCCUGACCUACGCCAGAGGACAUACAGUGACCUCACCACUGAGAUUGUGAGCAGUCUGGCCACUGAAGACUGUGAUGAGGGUCAAGCUGCAGAGCCAACAGGAGCAAACUUGGACACAUCUCCUCCACAAAAGAAGUCGGCGUUGGCAGAGCUUUUGGAGAGACCUUGCCAGCAAAGACAUGGACAGCAAGACUCCUGCUGA